AUGAAAUACGUAGUUCCUAUCGUCGAGCUGACUAGUCGAUUUGAAGACUAUUUCCUGCAGCAUGAGAAUGCUAGCCGCGUCGAGCACGCUCGUGUCUCAUUUCCAUCCUCGCGGGGAUUGAAAAGGAAGAAUGCUGGAUUUAGGCUGAACUUUACAGCCUCCCAUUCAUUCUCAAGCAUUCCUGCUGUACGGCUGAGGGGUAACACUCUACUUCUUCGUGAGAACGGGUGCAUGUCGAAUAGAGGCGUGAAUGCUGAGGAGCGCUAUACGAGGUCGAAAGACAGUCCAGCCCAGAUGGGCGCUGUGGCCGGCAGUGUGGUCGCAUUUGGUUGUGCAGAAAUCGUUGACCCUUGUGUUCGCAGCGUGGUUGUAUUGUCAAGGUGGCCUAAAGAAACACAUCUCGUCCAGACUCUUUGGAAUGCAUGCUACGUUUCUGGGUCUUACCGUCGGAUUGCUGUAUCGACAGACGGUUCGCCGGUACCGCAGUCGGCAUCGUCAGUGAUAAAUGCCAGUCUCACUUAG